UGGCUAUGCAGCAGCCCACUGCCCCCUGGCACACAGCAGGAGUGGAUGACUUUGCCAGCUUCCAGCGCAAGUGGUUUGAGGUGGCCUUUGUGGCAGAAGAGCUUGUGCACUCUGAGAUUCCUGCUUUCCUCCUGCCCUGGCUACCCAGCAGGCCGGCCUCUUAUGCAAGCAGGCACAGCUCCUUUAGUCGAAGUUUUGGAGGACGGAGCCAGGCAGCUGCACUGUUAGCUGCCACUGUCCCAGAGCAGAGGACCGUGACCCUGGAUGUUGAUGUGAACAACCGAACGGACCGGCUAGAGUGGUGCAGCUGUUACUACCACGGAAACUUCUCUCUCAAUGCAGCCUUUGAGAUCAAGCUACACUGGAUGGCGGUGACUGCCACAGUACUCUUUGAGAUGGUCCAAGGUUGGCAUCGAAAAGCUACCUCCUGCGGCUUCUUGUUAGUCCCGGUUUUGGAGGGUCCUUUUGCACUUCCCAGCUACCUGUAUGGUGAUCCCCUGCGGGCCCAGCUCUUCAUCCCGCUCAACCUCAGCUGCUUGCUCAAGGAGGGCAGUGAGCAUCUAUUCGACAGCUUUGAACCAGAAACAUACUGGGAUCGAAUGCACCUUUUCCAGGAAGCCAUUGCGCACAGGUUUGGAUUUGUGCAAGACAAAUAUUCUGCCUCUGCUUUUAACUUCCCUGCUGAGAACAAGCCACAGUAUAUUCAUGUUACAGGAACAGUGUUUCUUCAGCUGCCAUACUCCAAACGCAAGUUUUCUGGGCAGCAGCGGCGGCGGCGGAACUCCACCAGCUCCACCAACCAAAACAUGUUCUGUGAGGAGCGGGUUGGCUACAACUGGGCCUACAACACCAUGCUGACCAAGACAUGGCGUUCUAGUGCCACAGGGGAUGAGAAGUUUGCUGACCGGCUGCUGAAGGACUUCACGGAUUUCUGCAUCAACCGUGACAACCGACUGGUGGCGUUCUGGACAAACUGCCUGGAGAAGAUGCAUGCCAGUGCCCCAUGAAGCCACGCUGCUCGACUUCAGAGAGGUUGUGGAUUGCUGGGGCUGGCCUUCCAGUUGGGCUCUGGGCCGCAGGUGUCAGGUUGCCGCCAUCAGUGAGUAUGAGGAGAAAGCAGCUGCUGCCACCAGCACCACCCAGAUCUCACCAUCAUGUGCCGUGCCCAUGGCGGGGGGGCACAGAUUGUCUGUGGGAGGGGUCAGUGUCUGGGAACGGGGUAGGCCGCUUCCAUUAGUGUCCUUUUCCUUCACCAGCAGUGGGAUAUUCAGAACAGAACCUCCCGCUUCCUGCCCAGGAAUGUGUGUAUGUAAGAUAAUUCUGUGACAUAGUGUACCAUUGGCUCGCACCAGCUGUACAUAUGUGUACAUAGCAGGAGCAAAUAAAGCCCGACACACAAUGUCUGUUCCCAGCCUUGUUUCUAGCACCAGUCCUACCCUGGCUGGACACCAGGCCAGUGAGGUCACCUCAGGUGGCAUGAGGGCUUCAGGACAUACUGGUCUUGAGUCUGGCUGUGAGUUGACUUGAUAGGUUUCACUUUAACAGUCCUUGGGCAGGAGCAGGGAUCCUUGUAGACAGGACUACAAAGCAGACAGUACAGCCAGUAGGAAGUUCUAGGCUAUGCUGUCAGAACGAUGCCUUGCAGAGUGGGGCACCAGCUCUGGAGAGCAGACUUCAUGUCAUUCUGAUAUGUCAGAGGAAAGCCUUUGGCUGUAGCCUGCUCAGGGAAGGCAGAGACCAAAGACCAAGGGGAGGACUGGCUGCUGCUUCCUCGUGCACUAGACUUAAUCACACACACUGUUGACUUGCCUUCUUACCAGCUUUCGGAUCCUUCAGCUCUCUUGGACCCUGUGGUGACUCCAGGUCCAGCCCUCCUUGUCUUUCUUUCAUAUCCCAGCCUACAGUGCUCUAUGCUGGGAAGCUGAGUAGUUUUUGUUGUUGUUGUUGUUGUUGUUUGUUUUUAAAAACUUCUCUAAGCAGGGCACAGCAGUUCAUGCCUGUAAUAACAGUGUUCCAGAGACUGCGGCAAGAAGAUCAUGGAGUUCCAGGCUAGGCCAGCCUCCAUAGAAUGUUCUGAGCAAAGCUGCCUGUGCAGUGAGACUGUCUGAGAAAUUCAAAUGGGGCUGGAGAGAUGACUCGGCUGAGAGCACCUAACUGACCUUAUGGAGGACCUGAGUUCUGUACCCAGCACCCACGUGGCCACUCACAGCCAUCCAUAACUGGAGUUCCAUACAUGCAUACACUGUACAUGCAAGCAAGCAAAACCACACAAAAUAAAAAUAAAUCUUAAAACAGGCAACUCCACUCUA